AUGAUUUCAAUGGGUGGAACUGCAGAAAAUGAUGAAAUGUCUUCAUUAUUCUCGGGUCGUGCAGCAUGUCAUCUUUUGGCAAAACAAUUCGAGCUUGGAUUAGAAGAUUGUGAUCAAGCAAUAUCAAUAAAUGAGAGAAAUAUAGAUGGUUAUAUACAAAAAUGCAAAAUACUCGUGCAAUUAAAACGAUUUCAAGAAGCACGAGAGGUAAUUGAACGUGGAAAAUUAGUACUAGGUGAACAAGAAUUAUUCACGAACUGUGAACGUUUUGCUGAUCAAUCUUGGCUCACCUUAGGUACGUAA